CAAUCAACAUAUGAUGUGAUUUAAUAAAACAAUGUCAACAAUAUAUCAAUAUAUUAUAGUUAAUGACCAUUGAAUUGGCUAUAAUAUAGUGUCAAAGUUUAUACACUUUUUAAUUAUAAUAACAAUUAACAACAAAAAUGUCUGUCAAAUGGUCUAUCAUUUUAUCACUAAUCGCAUACCUAUUGGCGAUCGUAUCGAUUGGCGACUCAUUUCUUGUAUUAAAUAAAGCACUAAUCGGUCGGCAAAAUGAUGACACGUUUGCCACAGAUUUGUCAUCAAUUGAGAUAUCGGCUGACAAAGACUGGCCAAUGUUUCGUGAGAAAAGGUCAACAAAUAAUUCUGUUUCGGGAACUUCACCGAAACCCAUAGUCGAUGACGAUUUGUCUCAAUUUGUCACAUCUUCGACACUAAACGAUAGUCAUCAACAGUUAACUGUUCACUGGUCUGGAAAGGGCUCAUCAGUUAUCAUAUGUUUGGCUAAGAAUAGGCCAACCAAUCCAAACGUCUCAUCCGCUGUUUAUAUAUCCGAAAAUUAUGGCAAAGACUUUAGUAAAGUGUCUCAAUUUAAGCUGAAGAAUGAAUCCGAGGCUGUAAUCAAUAAUUUUUAUAUAUCGCCAGCCAUUAACUCUCACUAUAUUUUUGUUGAUAUUAUCAAUAAUUGUUUGUUUAUUACCAAAGACUACGGCAAGAACUUGAAAAGAGUUGAUUUGCCAUUCAUUCAGAUGUCAAUAUCACUUCACUCAACAAACGUCGACUUAGUCUUAAUGACAGCUAAAAUCAAUGACACCGACACUCAUCUAAAACUUUAUCUAUCAGAAGAUUUUGGGGCCAAUUGGAGACCAAUUCAAGAACGAGUCAAACAAUUUUCAUGGGGUGUUGAGGGCAUUGAUACUGAAGCCAAUGGUAAGACUAUUUUUGUCCAAAGACAUGAACCGAAUGGCUUGACAUCAAUUCUCAGUUCUUCUGACUUUUUUGCUAAUGAAAUGAACACAAAGAUUUGGUUGAAUAAUGUCGACGAGUUUGAAAUAUCGGGCAAAUAUAUGUUUGCCACCCGAAGAUUAAAACUGUUGGGCGCUAUUCAUAAUCCAAAGAUUCACGACUCGUACCAAUUGUGGGUAUCUUAUAAAAGACAUGAUUUUCGACGAGCUUUGUUCCCGACAAGCAAUCAGUCAUCAAUUAUUGACUAUUAUAUCGCCGAUGCAUCCGAAGAGGUUGUGAUGACUUGUCUUACAUUCAAUGAUUCAACGACUCAUUUAUAUGCUUCCGACGAAAAUGGACUACAAUUUUCUUUAUCAUUGGACAAUAUCUUGUAUUUCGCGCUAAAUGUCACCAGACAUCCACUUUCAAUAGACUGGAACACAGAGGAACCCUUAGCUGACAUACAUAAAGUUGGCGGUAUUCGUGGUGUAUAUAUUGCCUCCAAAUGGAAGGAACCGAAGAAAUCUAUUGCGGAUCUCAUAACUGUCAUAACCUUUGAUAUGGGAGCCAAAUGGCAACGAAUACGACCGCCUUUUAUUGAUGCCGAUGGAGUUCCCAUUGAGUGCAGCUCUACAGUCAACUGUUCGCUUCAUUUGUCACAAAAGUUUUCAUAUCUCUAUCCAUCGUUAAGAUUACCACCUAUUGUCUCCCGUUCUUCAUCAGUUGGACUUAUUAUGGCGUCCGGUGUUGUCGGCACUUCUAUUAAAGGAAAACCCAAUGUUUAUCUGAGUAUCGAUGCCGGUAUCACUUGGCAUCAGGUUCUUAAUGGUAAUUAUAUAUUCACUUUCGGUGAUUUCGGUGCAAUAAUUGUGGCCAUCAGUUAUUACUCGAGAAAUGGAUCGACAAAUGAAUUAAAGUACUCUAUAGAUGACGGAGAGAAUUGGACUACAUUUAAGUUUAGCGAACAAAAGAUUAGGAUUUAUGGCUUAAUGACAGAACCGGGAGAGAAAACUACUGUAUUUACAUUGUUUGGAUCUAAAGCCGAUUCAACUCAUGAAUGGACUGUAAUUCAAGUGAAUUUGACGAAAGUCUUUAAAUCGCACUGUUCUUUACCCGACGAUUAUAAAGAGUGGUCACCGCAUGACAUGGAUUCAGGUUGUCUUUUGGGGCGACGAGAAGUUUUUCACCGACGCAUUGCUAAUCAUCGGUGUUUUAACGGACAAAAUUAUGUACGUCCGGUGGCCUCAAUCAACUGUCCGUGUCGUCACACAGACUUUGAAUGUGAUGUCGGCUUUAUUCGCGAUAAGAAUGGAGCCAAAUGUGUUUUCGACGAUAGAUCCAGUAUUGAAGGUUACGAUCCAUUUUCAGUUCCCGAUUGGUGUAAAGUGGGACUUAUGUUUAACAGAACCCGAGGCUAUCGUAAGAUAAGUGGAGACACCUGUAUUGGUGGUGAAGAGGACUGGUAUUCACCGCAAGAGAUUCCGUGUCCAUUUGGGUCUAAACAUGACGACCAGUUUGUUCUGUUUGUCCAAAGACAGGCCAUUUCUCGUCUUAUGUUGAAUGAAGAGAAUCCUAUAAAAGAGAGUCUCGUUCCCCAUUCAUAUCUGAUUAAUGCCAUCGCAUCAGACUUUGAUCACAAACACAAUUGUCUUUAUUGGUCAGACAUAGGCAUUGAUAAGAUUAUGCGAUUAUGUUUAGAUGGCCGUCAAUCUCAACCCGAAGUGUUGGUUGAAACAGGACUGGAGUCAGUGGAAGGCAUUGCAUUAAAUACAAUCAAUAAUCAAUUAUAUUUUGUUGAUGGAGAACAAUCAAAGGUUGAACUAAUUCGUACAGAUAUUACACACGAGGGACGAAUGAGACGAACUAUACUCAAGAAACCACAUAUUGAAAAACCUCGAGGAAUAGCAUUGAAUGUGAUUAUUGGUUACAUAUUUUUAACCGAUUGGGGCACUAAUAAGCCGAGUAUCAUACGUAGUGAACUCGAUGGCGAUAAUGUUAAGGUAUUAUUUAACGACUCGAUUGUUUCGUGGCCUAACGGUAUUGCUGUUGACUAUCUGUCCCAACGUAUCUUUUGGGUGGACGCAAAACGCGAUUAUAUUGCUUCGGCUGAUUUCGAUGGCCAUCACUUGAGCUACAUAUCGGAAGGCGACACAAACCCUCAUCCAUUUGCUUUGGGAGUGUUUAAGAAUCACAUCUACUUUGAUGACUGGAAUCUUCAGCAGAUUAUUAUGAUUAACAAGAAUGAUGGAUCAGAUAGACGGGUCAUAUUGAGUGAUAUUGUCGGUGCUAUGGAUCUUAAGAUAAUAACUCCAUAUCUUAAAGAUAUAAUGAACAGCUGUAGCGAUAAUAAGACAUCCAAUUGUUCUCAUCUUUGCGUUCCUAAACUAUAUGGCGGCCAUAAAUGUCUUUGUCCCGAUGGAUUAGAUGUUACUAAAGCACCCGAUGGUAAUGAAAUGUGUGUUUGUAGAGGUGGUGAGGAAUUGACAAAAACUGGCGCCUGUAAGCCAAAGAAGGAUAACCAGUCUUGUAGUAAUGAAGAGUUUAUGUGUGAUAAUGGCUUAUGUAUACAAAAGUUAUGGAAAUGUGACAGAGAUAAUGAUUGUGGCGAUGGAUCAGAUGAGAGGGAUUGUGCUGACCAUCAAUGUAACGAAAACGAGUUUCAAUGCAAACGAUCCAAUAAAUGCAUUCCUAGUCAUUGGAAGUGUGAUUUUGAUUCCGAUUGUAUGGACGGAUCAGAUGAAGACUUAUCUAUGUGUGCGUCAGUGUAUCCGAAAUGCAAUGAAAGCACUCAAUUUCAGUGUAAAAAUCUCAGAUGUAUUGAAAAGAAAUUGAUUUGCGAUUUGGAAGAUAACUGUAGAGAUGGAAGUGAUGAAGAAAAUUGUAUGACAAAGAAUGCUAACGAAAAAUGCAAAGACGAUGAGUUCCGCUGCAAGAAUGGCGAUUGUAUUCUAUCGCUUUGGAGAUGUGAUGGUGAUAAUGACUGCAGAGAUAAGAGUGACGAAACCAAUUGCUCCAAGUCUUCAUGCAAUUCAUGGCAAUUCUUGUGCGAUCACAGCAAAUGCAUAUUUAAUACCUGGAAAUGUGACGGAGAGUAUGAUUGUAAGGAUCAGACCGAUGAAAUUGGAUGCAAUGGAACUGAUAAAGUGAUACCCACUUCAAAUCAAACAACAACAACAUCGACAGCAAAUCCAUUGGAUUCAUGUGCUGGCGAUUGGUUCAGAUGUGCGACAGGUAUAUGUGUGCCGUUGAUAUGGCGUUGUGAUCGUGUAGAUGAUUGCGGUGACAAUUCAGACGAAACUGGUUGUGAUCAUAAAAAUCCUUUGCCAACUGCUGGACAACAGAUACCAGAGACCAAUAUAAAAGAUAAUUGUGGACCCGAUAGAUACCAGUGUUUGAAUGGCCAAUGCAUUUGGGAUUCGUGGUUAUGCGACUCACAGAAAGAUUGCGAGUCGGGUGAAGACGAAGAAAAUUGUAAUUUUGGGCCUAAAAACUGUUCGGAACAUGAGUUCAAAUGUGUCCAUAGUUUAGGUUGUAUUCCAUUAUCAGAUGUCUGUAAUGGCAAAGAUAAUUGUGGCGACGGUUCCGAUGAGUGGGGCUGUCGUAAUGAAAAAACUGAUUAUAUAAAACCUCAUAAGUGUAUUGGCUUUACCUGUAAAAGUGGUGAAUGUGUUGAACUAUAUAAACGUUGUAAUCAUAGACCUGAUUGUUUUGAUUCUUCCGAUGAAGACAACUGUACCCAAACUUUCUAUGCGGUUAAUGACUUGCAGGUUGACCUGAAAUCAAUUACUGCCACAGAGUUUACAAUACAGUGGAAGACACCAUCGAGUUUUGGUAUUUUUAAUUUUAUGCCAACAAUAGCCAAAGUCAAUACCAGUGAAUGGCAUAAUAUGAGUUGGACUCAGAACGAGAGCUUCAGAUUUGAUAAACUAAAGCCAGGAGUCGUCUACAAUGUGACCGUCUUUUGUAAAUUCACAAAUGAAUCUCAUUUUUAUCUCCCGUUGCAAUAUAUAACAGUUACAACUGAAUCUAUAGCUCCCAGUCCUCCACUUCUUGUAAAAGCCAUUGAAUUAUCUGAAAAUCGAGUUUUGAUUAAAUGGUUGUCUCCUCUUUUAACUUAUGGAACAAUUAAAGGCUAUCGGAUAUACUAUUCACCCCCUUAUCCAUCUAUUAAAGAGACAACUGGUGUCUCAUCAGAAAAUAGCCUAUUAAUUGACAGACCUUUUGAAACGGGAGUUAAAUAUACAUUUUGGAUGACAACUCUAACAGUAAAUCUUGAAAGUGAAUACUCGAAUAAGACAUCAUUAAUCAUUAACGGAUCCAUUAUAACCAUUAAGAACUUGCAUUCUAAAAGUGUUACUAAUUCAAGCAUUACUAUUGAAUGGAAUUCAUCGCAUAGAGAAUCUAAAGAAUCAAUAAAAUGGAUGAUUGAGUACCGAUGCGAUGAUUAUUUUGUUGGUUUUAUUGGCAAUACAACUACAGAUGAAACUCAUGUAACUGUUGACGGAUUAUCUCCCGGAGUAAACUAUCAGUUUAAAGUAUUACCAGUGAUUAAUGGAUCAGUUGUGUCAAAUGGUAUUGAAGAUAACAUAAUAACUGUCAUUACAACAGGUGUAAUGUUACCACACGUUGACAUAAAAGAAAAGUCUGUAUUUGCUUCAGCAUUUUAUCUAACAUGGGAUCAACCUAUUUAUGUAUUACCUGUCAAUUGGACUUAUGGAGUAUUUUACGGAAUUGAAGAAAAACGAUUAAAACUUUACGCUAAAACCAAUGAAACGACAAUAACAGUUACAGGAUUGCUGUCCUGCGAAUCAUAUAUACUACAGGUGCGAGUUCUUAAACCAUACGGUGUGGGUCCUGCCAUUGGGUCGACUAUAAUGAAGACCCAAUACGAUCCAAUUGCUGCGCCAAAGAAUCUUAAAUACUCAAUGAUUGUUUCAGAUAAGACAAAAUACAUACUUUCGUGGAACUCUUCAUGCGAUAAAAUGUCAAAAACGCCUGUAGUUUAUCGCAUCUGUAUUAGAGAUUUAGUUAAAAAUCGUGACAAUUGGUUUCAAUUAUCUCCGAGAAAUACGACAUCAAUAGAAAUGCCACUUUAUAUUCAUUUUGGUGCCACUUAUGAGAUAAAAGUGGGAACUGAUAAUCAAAAUGCUCGAUACACUCGUCCAUUAAGACUAACGCCAACACCAUUGCCUCGGGUAACAAAACUCGAUGCCAUUCAACAAUAUAACGGAUCUCUUUAUAUAAUAUGGAAGACAAUCGAUGAUAAUGUGUGGCCAAAGGAAUUACGUAAUCAUAGCUAUUCAUACAAAGUGUACAUUAGCACCGAACCCAAUACCGAUGAGGUUGAUAUCCGCCAUAUCCCGAGACCACCCCUCAUCUAUCCGGCUCAACACGGAAAAUAUUAUCAUAUAUCUGUGGCACUGGUCGAAGAACACGGGUAUUCGGGACCCGUAUCCGACACUAUAAUCAUUGGUAAUCAUAUGAUACCAUCUUAUGGUGAAAAUGCAGUAGUGAUUCAAAGGACGAGUGUGAUCGGUGUUGUUGUGGGAAUUGGUAUUAUAGUGACAGCUCUAGUGAUAGCUUUGGCCAUAUUUGUUACGAGACAUCGGCGACUACAACGAAGUUUUUUACAGUUUGCUUCCAGUCAUUACAAUACUCGGUCAGAUUCGGCCACUUUUACCACCAAUGAUGGAUUGGAAGAAGAAGACGAAUCUCCGGUAUUUCGUGGCUUUUCAGAUGACGAACCACUCGUAUUGGCAUAAAAUUGGCAUUUAUUUUGUGAUAUUAAUAAAACUUUUUAUAUAGCAUUUUAUCGUCACUAUUACUGUACAUUAAUAUUAUACUAUAUUUAACAUAAA